AGCAUCAUGAAGAAAAUUCCAGGUGGAGACGUUGUUGAAAUAAAAGGAGAUGAAAUGACACGAGUCAUUUGGGAGUUGAUAAAAGAAAAGCUGAUAUUUCCAUUCGUUGAUUUAAAACUUCAUACUUUCGAUUUAGGAAUCGAAAACCGAAAUAAUACGGAUGAUAAAGUUACUAUAGAAGCUGCUCAUGCUAUUUUGAAGUACAACGUAGGAAUCAAAUGUGCUACCAUAACACCGGACAGUGAUCGAAUGAAAGAGUUUAAACUGAAAUCGAUGUGGAAAUCGCCAAAUGGAACGAUCAGAAAUAUCCUUGGUGGGACAGUUUUUCGGGAACCAAUAAUUAUGAAGAACAUUCCUCGACUUGUUAACACCUGGACCAAACCUAUUAUUAUUGGUCGUCAUGCACAUGCUGAUCAGUAUAAAGCGACGGAUUUUAUCGUACCUUGUGCAGGGAAACUGGUUAUCAAGUUUAUUCCAGAUGAUUCGGACCAUCAGCCAAUCGAACAUGUUGUCCAUUUACAUGGUCCAGGAGUGUCAUUAUCGAUGUACAACUCUGAUGAAAGCAUCCGUGAUUUUGCUCAUGCAUCAUUUGAAUAUGCACUUCAAAGAGACUAUCCCUUGUAUCUGAGUACAAAAAAUACAAUUUUGAAGCAGUAUGAUGGGCGUUUCCGGGACAUUUUUCAGCAGAUUUAUGAAGAUGAAUAUCGUCAAAUCUUUGAAGAAAGAAAAAUUUGGUACGAACAUCGUCUUAUUGAUGAUAUGGUUGCUCAGGUAAUGAAAAGUUCAGGAGGAUUUGUCUGGGCUUGUAAGAACUAUGAUGGUGAUGUACAGUCUGACUGUGUAGCACAAGGAUACGGUUCACUUGGCUUAAUGACUUCUGUACUUGUGUGCCCGGAUGGAAAAACUUUGGAGGCUGAAGCAGCCCAUGGUACUGUCACUCGGCAUUUUCGAAUGCAUCAGCAGGGUUUAGAAACAUCCACUAAUCCGAUAGCGUCGAUCUUCGCAUGGACAAGAGGAUUGGCUCAUCGAGCAAAAUUGGAUAGCAAUAAAGAUCUGGAACAGUUUUCAAUAAACUUGGAAGCUGUUUGCAAAGAUACUGUUGAGGCAGGCUUCAUGACUAAGGACCUUGCAAUCUGUAUCCAUGGCAUGAAAAACGUAACAAGAAAACAUUACCAAAAUACAUUUGAAUUUAUGGAUAAGUUGGCAGAAAACUUGGCUUUCAGACAACUUGGCUCGAAAUAA